GUCCCCCGACCCUCUGCACCCGAGAAGCUCCCCAGCCACAGCCACUCAUUUCUGGCCGGGAACACCGGCAAAGCUUGGGGAUUUCUCCCUGUUUUCUCGUUCUUGAACCCAGAAAUCGCCCCUCUUUGCUGGAAAUUCCAGAUCUGCGUUGUCUUCUCCCCUCUGUCCGUCGGCCUCCGCUUGUGUGGGUGUGAAUUCUCGGCUUUUCUGGUAAGAAACAGCCAUGAUUUCAUCCUUUUAGCUUUGAUUUAAGUUGGGUUUGCCUUAAUUUCUCUUGGUUCUCCAUUUUGGGUUGGUCCCGUGAGUCCCCUGCAGAGAAUUCCCGCCGGCUUCUUUCCCUUGCUAGCUCCGGUUCUUGCUGGAAAAUUCUGGUAUGAUGGCCACUUCUUUAAGCCCUAAAUUAGCCAUUUAAUUGCUGCCUUGUGUGUGUCCGAAUUGUGCCGGAAAUGGGGAGGAAUUCCGGUAGCAUUCAUAGCAUUCAAAUGUGUUUUAAGCUUGAUUAAGUAGAAUUUAGCUUGAAUUAGCUGCUGUGAUGUUUUGUGUGAAAAAUCCUGUGAGAUUAGCUAUGGUUUUGCUAAUUUUUGGAAGUGGCAGUACUGUUCACGUCGUGGUACUGUUCACAGAACACUGUUCACGGAACUGUUCACGGCACUGUUCACAGAACACUGUUCACACACCGAGGGUCAACGAUUAACGGGGAUUUAAAUGAUUAGUUUGUGAUAUAAGAAUGAAUGUGGAGAUGUCCAGUUAUGUGGAGAUUGAUAGGAAUAGCAUCGGGAUUAGGAGUGAUUUUAAUAAUGAUUUCAAUUUGAAUUUGUGAUAGUCCGGUAUUAAUUCUGAGGUGUUUUGAUUAGGUUCCUGAUCGUUCUGUCAGUUAGCAUUGAGAUUGAGUGCUCGGUUUUGUGCAAGUGAAGAAGUGAAAGCGAGGACGGGAAAAUCAAGGGGAGUGACAAGUUAGAAGGCUAGCCAUUUCGAGAUUGAGCAUAGAUUUAGAAAUAAAUCAUGAUCUUGUAUUUGGAGAUUUUAUUGGAGAUUUAUGAUUGGAGAAAUUUUAAAGAUUUGAUCUUCAGAUUUUGAUGGUAUCAGAUUGUGUUGUGAUAAGUUCCGAGCCUUGUGCAUUUGUGGG